CGCUCGUUCACCGCAGCCAUCGCUCCUCCGGUCCGCCGCAGUCUGUCAUGGUUCGCCGAGAUGCGGGUGCGGAAGCCAGCCUUCUUCCGAAGGUCAUAGAGACUGGCGUGGUCGCAAACAGGACGUCAGGGAACCCACGGCGGUGGGGGCACCGGAGUGUUAGCUCACGCAAGGGAACUUGCUUGACACGUACUGGUAGCUUCACGCAGCACUCCAACAACAACAUCCCCGGAAACCAAACAAGUGUUCAGCAAGCUAGCUAGCCCGUGCAAAAAGGGGCCAAGCUUUUCUGUCAGAAACUUUACUCGACUCUCUCAUGCUUUGGGGAACACUAUGUUGGGGAAGAACUUCUAUUCCUGGACUGAUUGAAACAGAUCGUGCCGUAAGAAGCCAUCCAACUUAGAAACGGAUGCACGCGAUCUUUUGCGCUUGCCAAAGAUGUGCAACGAGAGAAUAAGCUCCCUGUGUGUUGGCUGCGUGGCCAUGCUUCUGCAAAAUCAACGUGACAAGAGUCGAAAAAGGCAUCAAACGAUGCAAGUCACGCAAGUCUGAUGACUGUAAAUGCCUGCGACCGGCCCGCCCUGUACAUUGUCAAGAGAAGUCUUGUACGGCUCCACGAUGCAAGGUCUUUAUCUGUCACUUGCAGCUGCACGCUGCUGUGGCUGUCACUGCAAAAGCUGCAAAAGGAGGGCAUGGAGAGAGUGAGCCCCGUUCAGUUGGCGUCUCUUGCAAACGCUCAUGGCAUGACUUUGCUGUUGCAAAGGACCAAAAACCUAGACCCACAACUCCGCAUGAGCUUCGCUGAAAGAUCCAGGGUUGAGGUCUUCUGGUUUCCCAGUGGCACUUUCUACCCCAUGGCACGGGGACUUUCCCCGCAGCAUCUGGGGAGCAAGCUCCCUGUGUGUUGGCUGUGUGGCCACGCUUCUCCUGCCCUCCAAGCAGCAAACUCAGCUUGACUGUCAAGUCUUGAACUGCUUCAAGAUAUUAGUUUCUUUUCUACUUGAGGAGUACCCUGCGCCCAAUGCAAGAGGACCUGAAGCGAGAGCUCUUGUUGCCUCCCACUGUUUGGCGGGGGUUUGCCACCACAAGCUGCCGAGAAACACUGCAUUUCCCCAUGAGAAUUGCUGCCAUUUCUACUUGCUCUUAUC